GGAGUAGAGUUUCCCGCAACCUUUGAUUCAAGUUGAAUGAAAUCGGGGUUUUCAAGAUGAUUCAAACAGACUAUUUUCAAAUUUGAUAACUAUUCGAGAAAUUCAACAGCUGAGUGAGGCUGGAGUUUGAUGGGAUGGACAGUAAGGGACGGUCUGGGAUGGACAGUACCAGUAAGGGGCGGUCUCUGCCCUCGAUGCCAGAGGCCCUCAACCCAGUCAGCAUGAAGCAGCCGUCUGAGCCCCUGGGGGGGAGGAAGGGUCGGGGUGGGGGGGACCUGGGGGCGGACCCGGCCCUGCUGAUGGACAAGGCAGCUGCCCAGCUGGCCGUGACGCUCCAGGACAGUGUUCUAAACAACAUGGCCUCCCAUGGUCAUAGUCAUGAGAGGCUGAAGGACCUGACGUCCCUCAUGCUGAACGGAGACCAGGACAAGCUGCCCAAGCUGUGCCCCCCUGAGCCCCCCACCCUGAAGGGUGCAGAGGCCCCUUCCUCCCACCCCAGCCCCCAGAGGAAGGCCACCUCCCCCGAGAUUAAACUGAAGAUCACCAAGAUGGUGUCCAAGGGGACUCCGGCGCGCUUCGAGACGUUCUGUGGAGAGGGGCCCAACCUGCCUACCGAGGGCCUCCUGGUUCCAGCCAGUAGGGCGGGGAGGAAGAGAAGACUCAUCAAACCCAAACCUCUGCACAAACUUGCCUCUGCCUCUAACCAUGACCCAGUUCCUGUGGAGGUGUCAGCAGCCAGUCAGCCAGAGGAGGGCACUGCUGCACCACUACAGAUCCAGCAGGCCAGUCCUCUGGUGGAACAGAGCCAGGAGGAGGAGCUCCCUGUCCAUACAGUGUUCUCUGUGGGUGAUGUAGUGUGGACCAAGGUGUCAGGAUACCCAUGGUGGCCCUGCAUGGUCUCUACCGACCCAGAACUCAACACACACCUCAAACACAAAGCAAUUAACAGUCAUACAUCUGGCAUCCUGUACCACGUCCAGUAUUUUGGGAACACCCCGGAGAGGGGCUACAUCUUUGAGAAGAACAUGGCCUCCUUCAGUAGGGAGGAGCAAUAUAUUGAACUCUGCCAUGGCAACAAACAACCAUCUUCGCGGGUCGUCCACAGAAAGAGUACCACUUCUUCCGUACCCAGGAAGCUCCAUGCCCAGUGGGUGGUGGGCAUCACUCAGGCCAAGGAAGCUGCCAGCCUGGCCCUGGAGGAACGCCUGGCCAAGUAUACCUUUACCUACGAUACUGACGGGCCACACCUCAACCCCCGCCUGUUGGCUGAGCCCUGCCCCGCUGAGCCUAGCCCCUACCCCGCUGAGCCUGGCCCUGACCUUGGACCAGAGCAGACAAAGGCCCAAACACCGGACCAGGAGCCAUCCAGGCUGACCCUCCUAUCUCCCAGCCCAACCAGUCCCCAGGUCCAGCCCACCCCCACAGACUGCAGCACUUCACUGGAGGAAAAGAAGAGUGGUGGCCCCAGAACAACAGAUGGAACUGAGAAACAACGGAAACGGAAGCGGACCACUUCCACACUGAAAAAGGAAACGACUAAAGUCCUGGUCUCCCAUAAAGGACAAACAGAGAUGCCCUCUCAGGAUCUUGUCUCCCCUAGCUCAGAGACUGGACAACUUGACCCUCACAAGCAGAAACAGAAGAAGUCCAAACUGAAACCUCAACUAACUGCCAAGACGGAGAGGAAGAGGUCCAAAGGGGUUGCCUUGACUACCAACAUGCUAGAAACCCUGCCGCAUGCACCUAUAGCUAAAACAGGUACCAAGACCUGUCCCGUUAAAGAUCAGCUGAAGGCAGAACAUAAAGGUAAGAAGGAUCCUCAGAAGAAGCAGCUGCCUGGUAAACCAGCUCUACAGAUCGAUGAGGACCAACAACCCAAGAAGAAACGUGGAGUUGGUGACAAACAGAAGGCUGUGGCAGCAGACUCCUCCGCCCCCACGAAGAAGAGAAACAGAAAGAUAACGGAGACAGAAGUUAAAGGAUUCAUUAGUUCUAAAUCACCAGAGAAAGAACCAGAGAAGGCAAAGCCAAUCAUGAAGAGGAGGCUGGACUCAGCCAGCCAAUUAGCAGCCUCCCAGACCAAGAAGAGGAAGCAAGCAGCAUCCAGUCCUGAGCCAGAGGGCUCUGGCAUUGAGGAGCGUCCAGAGUCCCCCAGUGACAGCAUAGACCAGACCAACGGGGCCAAGAAGACCAACGGAGGAGGCCCCAAGAAGGAAUCUGUCUGUCAGGGAGGGAUAGCGUACUACCCACCCGGGAGGAUAGCGUACUACCCACCCGGGAGGAUAGCGUACUACCCACCCGGGAGGAUAGCGUACUACCCACCCGGGAGGAUAGCGUACUACCCACCAGGCAGGAUAGCGUACUACCCACCCGGGAGGAUAGCGUACUACACCAGGGAGGAUAGCGUAUUACACCAGGGAGGAUAG